GACCUGCUUGCUGGUGACAGCUUCUUCGUUACGGACAACGGGGUGAAGAGCGAUGGGACCUUCGCUCUUCUGGGUGAAGGCGUCCUGCGGUACACAGCUUCCAGCGCGGUGCCUGCAGGCACUGUGCUUUCAUACACAGGCGUUGGCGGUGACUGGACUAACGAGUCGGGCUCUUUGAACUUCCCUGGAGCUGGAGAUCAGGCCAUCGUUUUCAAUGGCACCGUCGACUCUCCAACCUUCUUGUGCGCUCUGCAGACAGUUCACGACUUUUGGUUCAGCGACGCUACGUCACCACUUGCUUCAGCCCUUCCACCAGGCUUAACUGCGGGCUCUUCAAACGCCAUUGCAGCUGGCUGUGGCAGAUCGUGUUCCCCCGAUGGGUUUGAUGCUUGGCUUGACUUAGAGUGA